AUGGAAUCCUCGCCUUCCACCACCGCCAACAACAACAAUGUCUGGCUCUUCUACCCGAAUCUCAUCGGCUACGGACGGAUUGUGCUCGCCAUUCUGGCCAUGUACUAUAUGUCGUCGUCGCCAGUCUGUGCGAUGCUCUGCUACGCCCUCUCUGCCGGACUCGACGCCUUCGACGGAUGGGCAGCUCGUACCUACAAUCAGUCGAGCCGAUUCGGAGCCAUGCUCGAUCAGCUCACUGAUCGCUGUGCUCUUCUCGCCCUCGUCAUGGCACUUUGCAAGUUCUUCCCGGAUCACUUGUUCCUUCUUCAGCUCUCCGCUGUGAUCGACAUUGCCUCCCACUGGCUCCACCUCCACGCCACGGACCUUUCCGGCGCCUCGUCCCACAAGCAGUCCUCGAACUGGCUUCUGAAUCUGUACUACACAGACAGAAUGUUCUUGGGCUUCAUGUGUGGUGGAAACGAGGCAUUCUACAUUUUGCUCUAUAUUAGAGCCUUCUGGGCUGGCCCCCUGAUCUUUGGAGCCUUCCACUUCAUGAGCAUCUUCCCACUGAUCGCCUUCCCAAUCGCCUUCGUCAAAUCCGCCAUCUCCGUCGUUCAUCUCUACACCGCCGCCGAGAUGGUCGUUGCUCACGACGUCAAGCUCCGCGAGAACGCCCAGAAGGCUAAAUAA